AUGUACAACCCCCCAGGCCAGGCCAACGUUAUGGAGACGCAGCAGGAGCCCCUCGGCCAGAAGAGCAGCCGCCAGGAUGGGGAUGAGGGAGAUGAUGGGGACUACAGCGGGGAGGACGAGGGCGAGGGCAGGGAAGACGAGGGCGAGGGCGGGGAGGACGAGGGCGAGGGCGAGUGCGCGGAGGAUGAGGGCGGGGAGGAUGAGGGUGGGGAGGACGGGGACUGGCCGUACGAGAGCGGGGAUUACAUGGGCGGGGAGGACGAGGACUGGGAGGACAAGGGAGGGGAGGAUGAGGGAGGGGAGGACGAGGGAGGGGAGGAGGACGAGGGGACGGGGGGCAAAGUCCUGCUCGAGGAGUACGGCAGAAGCAAGAGCCAGAAGGUCCACAGCAAGUCCGCGCCUCAACCAACUGGGCGCCGCAAGGUCCUGGUGACCGGAAAACAUGACAAAGGGGCAUUGGAUGCCAGAGGGCGGCCCACGCGCCUGAGGCAACCCUCGGCGAAGGCGCGGGAGAGCCAAGAAACGGUGGGCAUGGUGGUGCCUGCACGAACCAAGCGUCCACGCCCUAAGGAAACCCCACUGGUGUUGCCGGAGGACCCUUCGGCUUUCGGGGCAACAGCGUCAAACCCCGCAGAGAGGAAGGAAGCGUUUGGUGUCGGUAAAGGCCGAGCUGUACAGACCCGCGGGGCUAAGGUGCAGCAGGAGAAGGGCAAGAAGGCCAUGGCAGAGAUUCGGAAGGGGGGACUGAAGAAGCAGCGGAGGUAGCAGACCGCGGGCAGUGAUCAGGAACCUGGAGGGCGCCUUGUCACGACAUUUUAGCGUCAUGUUCAUUUUACCGUCUUUUAUAAUCGUCUUUUAUAGUCUGCCGUACGCACGUGCACGUGCGAACAAAACACGUGUUUUGUUCGGUGCUACAGUCGUAUGACACGACAGCCUGCAGUUUCAAGUGAUUCUUAAUGUUGACUAAAGAAGGGCCUAUAGUCCUCGUGGUACCGAUUGAGAGAUGUGAGCAGGUUGUAGUAGGCCAUUGGGCAAUGCUUUGUGUAGGAUAAUAUGAACCCGCUAUGAAGCUGGUAAUCGCUGUUUAAUGCGUAAGAGUUUGGUCGGUUAACGUCCUGAUAAUAUCUAUGUUAUUGCCCCAUUACCGGGGACAUUCUUGUAACUGGCCGCCUG